UGUCCCAUCGUUGGUAUCAGUGGGAGGAAUAGUGCCACAUUGUUGGUGUCAGUGGGAGGAAUAGUGCCCCAUCAUUGGUGUCAGUGUGGGAGGAAUAGUGCCCCAUCAUUGGUGUCAGUGGGGUGUGGGGGGAAUUGUGCUCCAUCAUUGGUGUCAGUGGGGGGGAUAGUGCCCUAUUGUUGGUGUCAGUGGGGGGAGGAAUAGUGCCCCAUCGUUGGUGUCAGUGAGGGCAGGAAUAGUUCCCCAUCGUUGGUGUCAGUGGGGGGGGGGGAGGAAAUAGUGCCCCAUCAU